ACUGUACCCGGGUUACACGUUUAUUUUGGUAGGUCCGCUGCUUCCAGACUGCGAUGAUAUCUUUACACUUAUUGUGUACACUACGCUGCGGUGCAAGGGGCUGGAUACACCGAGGCGUUCUUGGCACUGCCAUCAAAUUAACAGCCAGGGACUGUCGGAACGUGCGCUGCUACACGACCUCUCCCGACCAGAGCCUUGUCAAAACCAUGGAGGAACUGCUGAAGAGGACUGUGGCUCCCUUACCCACAUAUGAGACGAGAGAUAAGUCUCCGCCUAUCCCGGAGUCAAGCAGCGUGGAGUUUAUGCAUUUUUACAGAAGCUUAGAUAAGGAGCAAAAGCUUGAGUUCCUAGACAGACUGUCACGGGAUUUCGGUGUGGACCACAAAAGCGUUUCAGAGCUGGGAGCGAAAGUAGUCGAAACGCAGCUCCGGGACUUGCCGACAGUCCUUCAAGUGGAGGACAGACUACGCUACAGCCUGACCCCUCGUUACAGACAUCUAUUCGGUCAUAUUAGCAGGGUAGAAGGAGGAGUGAAGUUUUUGGUGGACCUACGCGCAGACUUGAUCGAAAUAAUUUCCUCCAAAGCCAGCGAAAGUCCUCUCUUAAGGGACCUCAAUGGGACCCUGAAAGGCCUGCUGUCAGAAUGGUUUUCUGUUGGUUUGCUUCAUCUGGAGAGGGUCACCUGGCUGUCCCCCUGCGAGCUCCUUCAAAAGAUCAGCCAGUACGAGGCGGUUCACCCCGUGAGGAACUGGACGGACAUUAAGCGCCGAGUGGGUCCGUACCGCCGCUGCUUUGCCUUCACCCACGCCGCCAUGCCUGGAGAGCCGCUGAUCGUCCUGCACGUGGCCCUGACCGAGGACAUCUCCAGCAACAUCCAGACCAUCCUGCGGGAGUUUGCAACUCUGGACACUGAGGAGGACGUAAACAAGAUCAAUUCUGCCAUUUUCUACUCCCUCUCGUCCACCCAGGCUGGGUUGCAGGCUGUGGAUCUGGGGACCUACCUUGUCAAGAGGGUGGUGCGCAAGCUGCAGGGUGAGUUUCCCCACAUCUCCCAGUUCUCCAGCCUGUCGCCCAUCCCCGGGUUCUGCGCCUGGCUGCAGGGCCAGCUGAGCUCUCAGCUUAAGGAGGGCCGAGGGGCGGGGCUGCUGACGGAGCAGGAGUGGCGGGAGGUGGCGGAGGUCACGGGGUCGGAGGUCGGGGCCGCGGACUCCCUGCGGAAGCUGCUGGGCAGUGGCGACUGGGUGCGGUCGGACGGUCUGGCGCGGGCCCUGGAGCCGGCCCUCAUGCGCCUGUGCGCCUGGUACCUGUACGGAGAGAAGAGGCGCGGCUACGCCCUCAACCCUGUCGCCAAUUUCCACCUGCAGAACGGCGCCACCAUGUGGAGGCUCAACUGGAUGGCGGACACCAGCCCGCGCGGCAUCGGCAGCUCCUGCGGCAUCAUGGUCAACUACCGCUACUUCCUGCAGGAGACGGCCGGCAACAGCGCCUCCUACCUGCAGAACAAGGCCAUCGCAGCAUCCGACCAGGUGCUCGGUUUGGUAUCACAGUACCAGAAAAACAGUAAACUGUGACACUGUUCCCUGGUGUUCAAGGGCACCUUUGUGUUCAAUGGCUUUACAGCUGAAAACCUGUAGAGUUAGGCUCUGUCCUGCUCCAGAGAGGAGUUACUUUAGUCAAAUCCAAGAGUUGCAUUUAUCUUGAGUGAUUUCUCUUGUACGUGCACUACAAAAAAUAAAAUGGAAACUAACAAAAAUAUUUUGAAUAGGGCAAUAAAUCACAUCUUUUUCUGA